AUGGCAUCAACAACCUCCGACAUCAUUCUCUCGCUACCAAGCGAUAUCAUCGUGCGUCGAUACCGUACAUCCGACGCUGCAACCUUAUCCAAGCAUGGCAACAACAAGAAUAUAUGGGAUCGGCUUCGCAACCGCAUGCCUCACCCGUACACGGAAGAGAAUGCCAAAUUCUGGAUAGACCUAAGUGGUUCGCCCGAGUCGCAACGACCCACCGGAACGUGGAACCCAGAGACAGGUGCUCAAGGCCCUCAGUCUCCCACCCAGUUCGUUAUUGUGAUUGCCGGUGAGGCCUGCGGUAGUAUCGGUCUCGAGUUCGGAGAUCCUGUGGAUAUCUACUUCCGCUGCGCUGAGAUUGGGUACUGGCUUGGAGAGGAGCAUUGGGGCAAAGGUGUGAUGAGCGCCGUUGCCCCUGCGUUCGUUGAAUGGGCCUGGCAGACGUUCGGUAUUUUGAUGCGGCUGAACGGCGAAGUGGCUGCGGGUAAUGUCGGGAGCCGCAGGUGUUUGGAGAAGGCUGGGUUCAAGGAGGAAGCGUUGAAAAAGCAGGCCUUUGUGAAGGACGGAGUCAUCCAUGACGAGGUCCAUUUGGGGAUGCUGAGGCCUGGUUCCAGCUAA